AGCGGCUCCUCCUCCCCCCUCCCAACUCCCUCCCCCCCUCCCCGGCAGCGCGGCUGCUGCUGCUGCUGCUGCUGCUACACCGGGUAGGUUUCCAGUCACUAUGGCGGCUCCGUCUGCUGCUGGGAAGGUCGAGGGAAAGUUUUCGCUGCCGGCGGCCGCCUGAGAGAGAGAGAAGGAGGCGCCCCGCUCGGAAGGCGCCCCGGCCUCCAGGCCUCUCCGUCGGCGGGAACGGGGCGGCGAGCCCCGCCAGGGCAGGGCGGAAAGGCGCCUCUCUCCCCCCCUCCCCUCCUCAGGAGAAGGGAAGGAGUCAGCGCGGUCCUCGCUCGCAGCAGCCACCUGCAGAGUCACGGAGGGAGCUGCCACCGGCCUUCGUCAGGCAGGCGCCACCUUCGCUGUCCGCAGCCUUUGCUCCGGGAGCCACGCUCCGCCAGUCCCGCCAGGCAGCAUCCCGCCAACCCCGGGCUCCCUCCGCCGACGAGGCAUCUGCAUUGCUCGGGACUGUCGUCGGGGCGAUCGCGGCACUUCUGGCUUCCGUCAGGCGUCCCCAACCUGCUGUCAGUUUAUCCCCCCCUCCCCUCGAGAAGACCGCCUCGUGCAAUGGCUGGCAUGCAUCUCCAGGUGUACUAAGCCCCGUAUAUCUCCGUGGGGGAAUAAUAAAACCGCCACUUCCUGAAUGAUCAGAUCUGAGUUGGCUCCCUGAAAGAAAUAAAAAAUUCUAGUCUGGGCCUGUGCAAUCUUGGUGAGGGGGGCGGGAGAGAGCCUACUCAUUAGUUGGGCAUCCUCCCACAUUGCCGACUGUGAGUUGAUGGGUGAAGAAGAUGAACCGCAGACUUACUCCUGGAUCAGCUGAACUGCCUUUGUUGCAAAGUCUUCCUGGUGGCUCUCCAGUUUUUGCUCCAGUAUUGUAAAUCUCCAGUCUUCUGUUUCCCACUCUCUGAAUCUUCCAUUGUUUCUCUCUAUUGAGGAAAAUCUUGGGCAGUGUUUACGGAAGAGAGCAGAGCCAAUUGCAUCCCGAACAAGUAUUUUGUGUGUGAGUCAUCCACUUGGAUCUAUAGCCAUCCCCACCUUAAUUUAACAAGUUCUGUUUCAUUUCUGAGUCUUCAGAUGCUUGUUCAUAUUCUUGAGAGAGAUGGAUUGAAGUGGAACAUCUUAGAUUUACUACAGGCCUUACUAAAAGAAACAAUGGGGCUUUUUUACUGGAUUAUUGCCAGCAUUAGUUCACACACUGAAGGUAUGAGUUGUUAGAUCUCACUUGCAGGUAAUGUUUGCCCUGCUUUAAUGUAAAGUGCUGUGGAAAUUUUGCUUAUCAACUGUGGAGGGUGGCUUGGAUCAAGAAGAGUUCCUCUUCUGCCCUGGUUGGUGUGGCACCACAUAUCUAUCCUCAAUGCCUUCAGCCUUGGCUAUCUUCACUUGCCGCCCGAACUCUCACCCAUUUCAAGAACGUCAUGUCUACCUGGAUGAACCUGUCAAAAUUGGCCGCUCAGUGGCUCGAUGUCGACCAGCUCAGAAUAACGCUACCUUUGACUGUAAGGUUUUGUCUAGGAACCAUGCGCUUGUCUGGUUUGACCACAAGACAGGAAAGUUCUAUCUUCAAGACACUAAGAGUAGCAAUGGUACCUUUAUAAAUAGUCAGAGAUUGAGCAGAGGAUCUGAGGAAAGCCCACCAUGUGAAAUUCUGUCUGGUGAUAUCAUUCAAUUUGGCGUAGAUGUGACGGAGAACACGCGGAAAGGUAAGGUCACCCAUGGAUGCAUUGUCUCAACAAUAAAACUAUUUCUCCCGGAUGGUAUGGAAGCUAGGCUACGGUCAGAUGUCAUCCAUGCUCCCUUACCAAGUCCUGUUGAUAAGGUUGCUGCUAACACUCCCAGUAUGUACUCUCAGGAACUGUUUCAGCUUUCUCAGUAUCUACAGGAAGCCUUACAUAGGGAACAAAUGUUGGAACAGAAAUUGGCCACCUUGCAGCGAUUGCUUGCUGUCACACAAGAGGCAUCAGAUACUAGUUGGCAGGCUUUGAUAGAUGAAGAUAGACUACUAUCAAGGUUAGAGGUUAUGGGAAACCAACUACAAGCAUGUUCAAAAAAUCAAACAGAAGAUAGUUUGCGAAAGGAGCUUAUAGCAUUACAGGAAGACAAGCAUAACUAUGAGACAACUGCCAAAGAGUCCUUGAGGCGGGUCCUUCAGGAAAAAAUUGAAGUGGUCAGAAAACUCUCUGAAGUGGAGCGAAGCUUAAGCAACACCGAAGAUGAAUGUACUCACUUGAAAGAAAUGAACGAGCGGACUCAGGAAGAAUUGCGGGAAUUGGCCAACAAAUACAACGGAGCUGUAAAUGAAAUUAAAGAUCUCACUGACAAACUAAAGGCAGCUGAAGGGAGACAAGAAGAAAUCCAGCAAAAGGGACAGGCUGAGAAAAAGGAAUUGCAGCACAAAAUAGAAGAGAUGGAAGAGAGAGAGCAAGAGCUUCAAGCAAAAAUAGAGGCUUUGCAAGCAGAUAAUGACUUCACCAAUGAACGGCUAACUGCUUUACAAGUCCGGUUAGAACAUCUUCAGGAGAAAGCUCUUAAAGAACACAACAGCUUAGGCAUACAAGUUGAUGACUUCAUUCCUAAAAUUAAUGGGAGCGCUGAAAAAGAACACUUUCUUUCAAAGAGUGGAGGGGACUGCACUUUUAUUCAUCAGUUCAUAGAGUGCCAGAACAAGCUCAUAGACGAAGGACAUCUUUCCCGAGUGGAUGAAACAAAGAUCCUGAAAGAAAAUCAAGCAAAAGCUAAAGAAGCUGAACUAUCAGAUACUCUUAGCCCAAGCAAGGAGAAAAGCAGUGACGACACUACAGAUGCUCAGAUGGAGGACCAUGAACUAAAUGAACCCAUUGCUAAAGUUGCCCUCUUAAAAGCAGAUGAAUUGCAGGGUGCACAAUCUGAAACUGAGACUAAACAAGAAAUUCAUCAGCUGCGCAAGGAACUGGUUGAAGCCCAAGAGCUAGCUAAAACAAGUAAACAAAAAUGCUUUGAACUGCAAGCAAUGUUAGAAGAAGAGAGAAAAGCUUAUCGAUUGCAAGCUGAAGAAUCCACCAAGCAAAUCCAAGUUCUCCAAGCUCAGCUGCAUCAGCUGCAGGAAGAUAUUGAAUGUCUUCGUGAGAAAAAGGAGAGUGAGAUCUCCAGUACUCGAAACGAGUUGCUUAGUGCUCAGAGUGAGAUGCUGUUACUGCAACAAGUGGCUGAGAAGGCUGCGUCUGAAAGGGAAAGAGAUGUUGCUGCUUUACAAGAAGAGCUUCAGAAAGUAAGGGCUGAGCUUGAGCGGUGGCGCAAAGAGGCUUCAGAAUACGAGAAAGAAAUCGUCAGUCUGCAAGCCAGUUUUCAACUACGAUGUCAGCAGUGUGAGGAUCAGCAGAAAGAGGAGGCCGCCCGGUUGCAAGGUGAACUUGAAAAGUUGAGAAAGGAGUGGACUGUUCUUGAAACUGAAUGCCUUUCAUUAAAGAAGGAGAACUCUUUGCUUGCAUGUGAACUUCAGCGACAGGAGAAGGAGCUCCAUAACUCUCAACAGCAGAGUUUAGCGCUUAACAGUGACCUGAGUGUUCUUGAGCUGACUCGAAAGGAGCUUGAAAAUAAAAUGGGGUCUUUGAAAGAGCAACAUCAGCGAGAUGCAGCUAGUCUAAAAACCCUUCUUAAUGAAGCAGAGAAUCAAGCUAAGGAUGCUCAAAAUGAGUAUGAAAAGACACAGACCAUACUCUCAGAGCUGAAGUCGAAGUUUGAAAUCACUGAGCAGGAAAAGCAAUCAAUCACAGAUGAACUCAAACAGUGUAAAGACAACCUGAAGCUGCUACAAGAAAAAGGAAAUCAUAGACAAUGGCCUUGGAUGCCUGUGAUGGCAGCUUUGGUAGCUGUGACAGCCAUGGUGCUGUACCCAGGCCUAACCAGAGCUUCUCCAUGAGAACUGUUGUUGAAUCCAUACACCGUCCUCCCUUUAGAAGCUGGCAUCAUUCACAUACUGGGGGAAAGACAGAUUCAUCACGUUCCUUUUUUUACCUCUUAGUACCGCAGAGUUUGGCUUCAGAGCAGCAGUAGGGUCAUUGCUUUAAACUGUACAAAAUGUAUCUGUCUAUAAAGAGGGAAUAAAAUUAUGACUUCAUUCUGUCAUGAGCAAUAUUGUUGCUCACAACUUCAUGUAAUUCUUAAGAUAGUAUGUUGGAGUUCUAAAUACUGUUAUGGUGGCCUAAAGUAGGCUUCUUGGUACCAAAUUAUUUAUGAUGGUUAGGUGUGUGGAUAUUUUACUUAAGAAUCUGAUUGCCAGAUUGAAAGCAAUGCAUUUCUCGCCCCAACCCCUCCCCAAUUUGGACACCCAUGCCAAAUAUCCUUUAAUACUUGGAAGCAGAUGCAGUGUGCUCAGUGCCUUUCAGUUUGACUUUAUUUGUACAUGAACAUACCAUUAUUAUUUUUUACUUGCUGUGAGUCACUGAGCUAUUGGGAACAAUUUUAUUUUUUCCAAGUCUUCUGACAGAAACAAGUAUUUUUCUUCAGUAAAGGUCCUAUUUUAUUGAUGACUUGGGAACUGGUAUAAUUCAUUGUCAGCCUUAAAGAGCUCUAGAAGAAACUGAACGGACAUCAUCGGUCUAGAAUGUUUUUGUGUGCAGGUGUGUGCAUGUGUGUGCCUGAGUGAACUGAGGUUUUUCUGGGAGCAAAAUCUUGAUUUUUCUGAUGGACAUAGUGCAGUGAUCCAAUUUUUAGUUUGAAUGUAAUUUAUUAAAUCUCAUGUAUAUAGACACUAUAAAACGCAACAUAUUUUCGCACAUAUCACAUUAUAGAAAUGAUUUUUCCAGUCACUUAUUAUCAAAACCAAGCUGGGGAAGUAAUAUUUGUCUCUUUAAACUGUGUUUUCAUUGGCAUAAUUUCAUUAUUAUGUGAAGUGCUCAAGUGCUUCUAUUGUUAGGGGAAGGAAGAAGACAAAAUCUGAAAUGGGCAAUCCUUCUGGAAGGUAGAAUAAUCUAAUUGGUCUUCUAUGCAACAACUUAAGAUGAAAGAAUGUGCUAUCAAUGAUUAGCAGCUUUAUGUCACACUUUAUAUGGCCUUAAUAUUAAUGUUUCCAGUAAGCAUUGACUUGCGAAUAGGGGUAUGUAAUUAAAACCUGAAUAAAGUGCUAGCUUGCACUGCUCAACAGCUCUGUCAAUUAAGGUCUGUAUUAAUAUAAAAAUAAUGGCACAGUGAAAUGUUUCAGCUGAUUCAUAGGAAGACUUUUCUCAGCAAAAAAAUUAGUUGGUUCAAAGGAUUUAAUGGCAAUCAGCAGAUCUAGUUAAAUAUUUAAAUAGAGUUUUUAGUUAAUAAUUUGCCUUUGAGGUGUUGAGGGUCACUUUACUUUAAAGGUUCUGUCUUAAACUAUUUGGGAUUUGUUAAUGGGAGGAUCAUUUAGAAUUAAGGGAAUGUUAGUCCACAGACUCUUAGAAAAUGUUGUUUUUGUUCAUUUCAUUCUUUUCAUUUGCAGGAAACUGUAACACCCACCCAAACACCCACCCACACGCACACACACAUGCCAGUGGUACUCAGUACCUCUUGUAUAUAGGUUAUUGCAAAUAUUAUUCUGAAAAUGCUUAACUUCAGAAUUACAUUUUUAAAAGUAAAUAAUUGUUUUAAAUCUAUUUUGUAAAGAUAUAAAAAAACAAUAGAAUUUCUGGAGUACAGAUUGAACUAUUUGCACUAACACACAUGAUGUGCAUGAUUUAAUAAAAUAACUUUACUCUCCCUAUAAA